AUGCUCCCACUAAAGCUGCUACGCUCUCUGGUCUUAGGAGAAACCAUCAACAAUCCUCCUCUCCUCCUUUCCCAUCAUCACCAUCAACAUCACAAUCACACCAACAAUAAUACAGACACAACACGAACUGGAACCAGAACCAAAACCAAGACAAAGACAAAGACCCCACUACUUCUGUUUUUACCAAAUAAAGAACUUGUAACGGACACAUACAGGUUAGCCAAAAUUGCAAGGGACAUGGGCAUGGAUUUAUACCCAACACCAUCUCUUUCUCAUAUUAUCUUCUCUUACCCUUCAUCAGGAACAUCAUCAUCAACAUCACCACCAACUCCAUGUACAUCAUCAGUGUCAUUAUCAUGGUCAUCAACCUCAUCAUUGUUGUAUUUACCAAACAAUGCCAUUCCCUUACCAUUUCCUUCACUUUACUCUUCUUCUGUAUUCCAUCUUCGCUCUUUUGUUUCACUCUCAAAAGGGUUGUUCAAGCUUGUGUUUAUCAACUCAAGACAUACCAAGAAAGUUAUGGAUGGAUUUGAAAGUGAGAGUCUUUAUAAUAGUAAUUGGGAUUGUUGUUCAUUUUCUUUGUUUAGGAGGUUAACUGGUGAUAGAAUUGAUUCCAUGGAUAAAUUUUCAAGGGCUUUAGCUGGUGUUGGAUGGACCCUUUUCACGACUAAGAAAAAUAACACAUCAAGUGAUGGAAUUGGAAGCAGCAAGAUGGUGUAUUUGUUUAGAAAAGUGGACUCAAAGCCUGUUUAUGUGGUGUCACAAGGAAAUGGUGGGGAUUGUAGGAUAAGGGAGUUGAGGUUGCCUGCUUUGGAUUUUAGGAAUGCUCCUUUGAGGAUUUUGCAUUACAUUCUCCUCAUGACUGAUGAUGUCUUCUACCUUUCAUAA